UAAAACCAGCAAAGCCCAUCCCUGCAGCUGGUAAGGUAAAACACUCGCAACAACAGAGAGGCAGACAUGGAGAAUCAGAAAGGUCAUGUCCUCGUGCUCCCAUAUCCCGCUCAGGGCCACAUCAACCCACUUCUCCAGUUCGCCAAGCGCUUGGCCUCCAAAGGCCUCAGGGCCACUCUAGCCACCACCCAUUACACCAUUGGCUCCAUUAAAGCAGAGAGGGUGCAUGUUGAGCCGAUUUCUGAUGGCUUUGAUGAGGGUGGGUACAAGCAAGCUCCAAGCACACAAGCAUACGUAGAGUCGUUCAGGAGAGUGGGCUCGAAAACACUAUCUGAGCUCAUAUCCAAGUCCUAUGAAACGGAACACCCUGUGAACUGUAUUGUGUAUGAUUCAUUGCUUCCAUGGGCUCUUGAUGUGGCGAAAACCUUUGGGAUUUAUGCAGCUGUUUUAUUAACCAACUCAGCUUCUGUCUGCUCCUUGUUCUGGUAUAUUCACCAGGGUAGGCUGACUUCUCCACUGUGCCCCGAUGCGCUGCCCAUCGUGCUGCCCGGGCUUCCUCUGCUUGAAUUCUCUGACUUACCUAGCUUUCUUGCGUAUCCUGAGAGUCAGUCGGCUUAUUUGGCUUUGAUUAUGGAGAAAUUUGCUCGCCUGGAAGAAAAUGACUGGGUAUUCUGCAAUUCCUUUGAAGAGUUGGAGGCUGAGCUUGUGAAGGCCUUGUUUGGAAUUUGGCCGUUGGCGAUGGUUGGCCCAUUGGUACCAUCAGCCUAUGUCGACCGGCAGAUCGACGGGGACACAUCAUAUGGAGGCAGUCUCUGGAACCCCACCAGUGACCAGUGCUCGAGAUGGCUUGACAAAAGACCGCUGGGUUCGGUGAUUUAUGUAUCGUUCGGGAGCAUGGGAAACAUUUCUUCGGACCAAGUUGAAGAAAUAGCAUUUGGCCUGAAAGCAACCAACAAGCACUUCAUUUGGGUAUUGAAGGAUUUCGAGCAUAAGCUGAAGUCACCCAUCCAGUUCCUUGACUCAAUCCAGAAUAGAGGGCUAGUUGUGGAAUGGUGCGACCAAUUAGAGGUGCUAGCUCAUCGUGCCGUGGGCUGCUUCGUGACACACUGCGGAUGGAACUCGACCCUGGAGGGAUUGAGCCUAGGCAUGCCCAUGGUGGGGGUCCCACUGUGGAGUGACCAGGCGACCAAUGCCAAGUUUCUGGAGGAAAAGUGGCGAGUCGGGCUGAGAGCCAGAAAGGGCGAGCAAGGGACGGUGACCAGGGAAGAAGUAGAGAUGUGCGUGAGGGAAGUUGUGGAGGGAGAGAGAAGUGAAGAGUUCAAGAAGAAUGCUUUGAAUUGGAAAGACAGAGCUAAGAGAGCUGUGAGCAAAGGCGGGAGCUCGGACAAGAAUCUCGGCGAGUUUGUGGCGAAGAUAAGGGAAGGAGGGGGGAAGAUGCCUCGAGAAACCAUGAUCUGAGGGUGUUUAACUCACUUGUAUCUACCAAUAAGUGCAUUUGCUAUGCCAUAAACCAAGAUAAACUGCCUUCUAUGGUAAAGUAUUUUUCUAAUCGUUUGCUAUCCAUAAUAGUUCAUGUUUACGGUAAAGCCAACCCACAGUGGCGAAUGUUUUAUGACUUGUAAAGCAACUGGGGUAAAGUCGACAGCUCCCUUGGCGACCCACCCGUAAGCAAAAAAAGAAGUUUUUAGCGAUUGAGUUUGUGGAAUUUUUUGCUCUUGGAUUACUUUUGGCGGUGUAAGAUCGUUCUCUAGUCAAGUGGGCUCCCUGAUUAGCUCCUAUUUAUAA